GAUUUGCGCAAGUGGUGGAAGGUGGAACUUCAUCAGCUGAUUCUCCCAAAAUGGCCGACGCGUCUGUGUGUGAAAUCUUGUGACGUGAUAUAUGAAUAGUAUUCUAUGUUAUUUUAGUUGUCUUCCUCGCAAAAAAUGGCCACGCAACGUGCGCUUCCGCAGAGUAAAGAAGCUUUAUUGAAAUCUUACACGACAAGAUUGAAAGACGAUGUGAAGUCGAUGCUAGAAAAUUUCGAAGAAAUAAUUAAACUGGCGAAAGGAGAAAAUGAAUCACAAUUAUCUCGGAUGACACAAUGCGAACAGGAUACAUAUGAAAUGCAAGUCAGAGCGGCCAAUAUAGUGCGAGCUGGCGAAUCAUUAAUGAAACUGGUCUCCGAUAUAAAGCAGUAUUUAAUCCUGAAUGAUUUCCCCUCUGUAAAUGAUGCCAUAAUACAAAAUGGCAAGUUAUUUAGGACUAAACAAGUGGAGUGUGAUCAAAAAUUGGCAUCUCUGAGGGAUGACAUGGCUGCGGAUUUGUAUGAUUUAGAAGAGGAAUAUUACACUUCGAUAUACAAAUAACAUUAGUUUAAAAUUUUACAAUGAGACUGUGUUAUAACUUGAAUCAUGAUUUAAGAUGUGAUUUAUCAACUUGUACAGAUGGAACGAUUAAUGUCUAACUCUUAUGAAUUUAGACUUAUAUACAUCGAUGUAUGCAUAAAUGCAUGUUAAAGCAUUAAUGAUGCCAUGUGUAUACUAUAUAUUUAAAUAAAUAAGAUUAAUUUUCUAUAA